AUGCUGCGCCUAUCGUGCCUGUGGCGUGCGAUGGCGCCGGAGUUGCAGCUCGAGUACGUGCCGCUGCUCUUCACCCGCACGAUUCUCGGCCCGCAGGGGGGAUUCGCCGGCGAGGAGCGGCUCAUCAAACUCGACUUGGCGAACAAAUACAUCGCCGACGGACACGCCGUAACGCCCACGGAAGAAUUGCGGCGUGGACUGUGGUGUUAUAAUCCGGAUACGAAUCAACAUGAUUGUUUCGUGGAGCGCAAUGAAGACUUUCUUGAUUUCGCCGCCAGGAAACGACAGUGGUUAGAUGUCUACUGGCGUGUGAACACAGGGUAUUUACUCUUUGGUCGUCAGUCAUGGGGACAAGGAUUUCUUCUUAAUUGCCCGCUGCGUAAACGUGAUAUUGCGCAGAAGUUGUGGGAACAGUAUAAGGUCCGCGUGGAUCCGCGGCUCAUAGAGUUCCGAGAGAAGGACCGGCGAACAGGUAUUCAGGAAUUAGGGCAUAAUUGGUGUUGGCUGUAUCUGCCUGGCGCAGAGGAGCUGGGUAUUGAACGGGAAGUGUAUGACAAUAAGCGUGUAAAGGUACGAAUACAUGUGCGGAAAAUGACAUCCAUGUAUGCGCUUUAUUGA